UUGAUAUUGCUGGUAAGGAUUACAGCUAGAAGCAAUGUCAUCGCCGGCCUCAAAGGAGAUCAGGAGUAUGAAAGAUUUCUUAAAUGAAACAGAAAUUAACCUGCUAGAAUGCAAGGUUUGCUUUGAAAAGUUCAGCCAGCAGCAGAGGCAUAGGCCCAGAAAUCUCCCUUGUGGACAUGUUAUAUGCCAGGAAUGCGUUUCUUCUCUCUGUCCUCCUGGGAAUCCGAGAUUAGAGUGUCCGUUCUGCCGUAAGCCUUGUAGAACAUUGGAGACUAGUGUCUGCUUACCUAUUCUUCAUGUGAUGGAGCUUAUUGGUCGUGUGGUUCCUGAUAAUGUGGAACAUGGAUCAUCAGCAAAUUCAAGUCAUCAAGUAACAAAGCUAAAGUCAGCAAGCUUUAACCUUACCAAGUCAUUUGGGGGUUGGGGCAUACUUUUCAAUCCAACGGGCAUAGCACUUUGCAAGAAAACGGGCUAUCUAGUAGUGUCGCAUGAUGGGACCAAAAGAAUUAGCAUAUUUACCAUGAAUGGAACAUGCAUUCAAAAAAUAGGGACAAAGUCGGAUCCAGCUAAUGGAAUAGUUUACCCAAGUGAUGUGGCUGUAACAUUGGAUGGAUACAUUGUCGUAGCCGAUACAGGAGAUCACUCCGUUAAAGUAUUCAGUCAAUCUGGACAACGUCUGUUGGUUCUUAAGCAUCCUUUUUGUUUGCCAUGGGGUUUGGGUAUUAACCCAGAAAAUGAGGUAAUAGUUUCAGACCCAGAUGCAGGAAAUCUUAUUCUUGUAUCUGCUGAUUUUAAACAAGGUAAAGUCAAGAAGGUGUUAAAUGUUUGUUCACAUUUAGAUCAUCCAAGAGAAGUUGCGGUUUGUCCCACAAGUGGAACUGUUGUCGUGGUUGAACAUGUAACAAAAAUCAGCAAAAAUCCCAGCAGAACCCAGAUAAAAAUAUUUAAUAAUGGUAUGAAGCUCAUAAGACAAAUUGACAGUUUUGGUUUAAGCUUAUAUCUUCCUUUACCAGUGCACACAACUGGGGUGGCUUUUGAUCAACAGGGUAACAUCUUGAUAGCCGAUAUCAAUAACAGAUGUAUCAUUUGUGUGGACAAAAUGGAAGAACGGAAUUUCCUAAAGCACGUGGUCGCUAGUUGCCUCUCUUACCCUGUGGCAUUAUCCCUAUUACCCGACAAUUCCAUUGCAGUAUUAGACAGUGGUAAUAAUUCUGUAAUUGUUUAUAGUCCGUAGAAUGGUGUUGUGGUUUAGUGCAUAUAUAUCAUAUUCUGACUCUGUUAAAUUAAAGGGACACUAUAGUCACCAGAACAACUACAGCUUAAUGUAGUUGUUCUGGUGAGUAUAAUCAUUAUAUGCAGGCAUUUUCAUGCAAAUACUGCUUUUUUUUUUUUCUGAUGGCCACUGGAGGUGCAUCCUGGCUUAGUGCUGCACAGUAGGCAGCACUGCCGUUCAGCAUCUCCAUGUUUUGCAUGGGAAAGCAUUGGAUUGGCUAAAAAUCUGCAAUUCUGAUUAUGUCACCAAAGGGGGCGUGGCCAGUGCCGGCAGACCCGCACGGUGCUGGAAAUAAGGUGAAUUUUUCAUGCUUUCAAGGGGGUGCAAGGGGGCAGGGGACAAGCCACCUUAACGGUGGGUUUUGCACU